CGUCAGCAUCGCCCAGAGAGAACAUGGCCUCCAGCACGGAGGAAGACCUCUCGUGUCCCGUUUGCCAGGACAUUUUCAAAGACCCGGUCGUCCUGUCGUGCAGCCACAGCUUCUGCCGGGCCUGCAUCCAGUCGUGGUGGGCGGAGAAGGAAACACGACCGUGUCCGUGCUGCCAGAGGAAGUCAUCGAGGACCGAGCCUCCUCGCAACCUGGCGCUGAAGAACCUGUGCGAGGCCUUUCUGCAGGACGGGGAGCGGCGGGCGGCAGCAGGGCCCGAGCACAUGUGCAGCCUGCACGGCGAGAAGCUCAAGAUCUUCUGUCUGGACCACCAGGAGCUGGUCUGCUUGGUCUGCCGGGACUCCAGGACUCACAGAGACCACCGGUUCAGACCCAUCAAUGAGGUGGCCCAGGAUCUCUGCCAGGAGCUGCAGAGAGACCUGACACCCCUACGGGAGAAGCUAACGCUCUUCCAGCAGGUGACGGGGGACUGCAUCUCCACGGCAGACUUCCUCCAAGUCCAGGCCCGGGACACCGAGAAGGAGAUCCGGCAGAAGUUUCAGAAGCUUCACCAGUUCCUGGAAGAAGAAGAGAAGGCCAGGGUGGAGGCGCUGAGGGAGGAGGAGGAGCAGAAGAGUCGGCUGGUGAAGGAGAAGGUGGAGGCUCUGACCCGGGACAUGGACGCUCUUUCAGACACGAUCAGAGCGACGGAGACGGAGCUGAGAGCCGGAGACGUCUCGCUGCUGCUCAACCACAAGGUGGCGACCGGGAGGGUCAGGCAGGGCCCUGUUCUGCAGGAGCCGGAGCCGGUUCCAGGGGCUUUGAUUGAUGUGGCCAAACAUCUGGGCAACCUGACCUUCAACGUCUGGAAGAAGAUGAAUGACAUGGUGGGCUACAGUCACAUGAUCCUGGAUCCAAACACCGCCGACCCAGAGCUCGUCGUGUCGGACGACCUGCUGAGCGUCACAUUUGGGGGGUCACGACCCGGAGAGGGCCCGGUUCCCCCGGAAAGGAUCAGGUUCCCCCGCACCGUCCGGGGCUCCGAGGGGGUGAAGUCAGGGAAUCACAGGUGGGCCGUGGGUGUUGGAGGCAACGCCGACUGGGAGCUGGGAAUGCUGGAAGCCGAUGGUGGCGACCCAGCAAAGCAGCAGCGGUGGAGGAUUUCACUCAAGGACGGUAGACUCACGGCGUUGGCUGGAUCGGGCUCGGAGAAACACCUGCAGGCAGGGGUGCCCCGGAGGAUCAUGGUUUAUCUGGACUUCGGAGAGGGGAAGCUGUCCUUCAUGGAUCUUGACACAAACACAGUCGUGCACACCUUCACGCACACAUUCACGGGCGUGAUGUUUCCUUACGUGUACACCCGGAGCUCAGACCCACUGAGGAUCCUGCCAGCCAAGGUCGCCGUCGAGAUACCGAUUUAGGCAAGUCGGGACAUCGUGGUGGUUCCAACAUCGUGGCGGGACCAGACCCUGAACCCCGAGACGAGUCAACAUCCCCUGGAAGGUCGUAUCAUCGUCCGCUUCGUUUGCAUUUGACGUUUUUGUCGGGCUUGUGGAAUUGUGGGCUCUGA